CUUUUUGUUCUGUGGCUGCGGCAAGCGGACGGACGCACACGAAGCUCGAGUAGAUGGCCAUCCCACCGCCACCACCGCCGCCGGGCCUGGCGCCGCCGCCACCGCCUGGACUUGGCCACGUCCCGCCGCCGCCGCCGGGCCAUGGCUUCGUCCCGCCGCCACCGCCAGCGCAGCAAGCCGACGUCGAGUACGAGUACACGGCCGGCGAGGCGCUGUACGACGACGCGGCCACGGACAGCUUCUUCCGCGAGGUCGAGGAGCGCAGCAACCGCUGGGCCAAGCGCCAGGGCAAGCGCUACGGCGAGAAGCGCAAGUUUGGCUUUGUCGAGAGCACCAAGGACGACAUGCCCGCCGAGCACGUGCGCAAGAUCAUCAAGGACCACGGUGACAUGAGCAGCAAGAAGUUCCGCCACGACAAGCGCGUGUACCUUGGCGCGCUCAAGUACGUUCCGCAUGCGGUCCUCAAGCUCCUCGAGAACAUGCCGAUGCCGUGGGAGCAAGUGCGCGAGGUCAAGGUGCUCUACCACGUGACGGGCGCGAUUACGUUUGUGAACGACAUCCCGUGGGUCAUUGAGCCCGUGUACAUUGCGCAGUGGGGCACGAUGUGGGUCAUGAUGCGUCGUGAGAAGCGCGAUCGUCGCCACUUCAAGCGCAUGCGCUUCCCGCCGUUCGACGACGAAGAGCCGCCGCUCGACUAUGGCGACAACAUCCUCGACGUCGAGCCGUCGGAGGCGAUCCAGAUGGAACUGGGCGAGGACGACGAUGCAGCCGUGAUCGAGUGGCUCUACGACGCCAAGCCGCUCGUCGACUCCAAGUACAUCAACGGCCCGAGCUACCGCAAGUGGAAGCUGCCGGUCCCGAUCAUGUCCAACUUGCACCGCUUGGCAAGCCAGCUCAUGUCGGACCUCAUCGACCCGAACUACCAGUACCUCUUUGACAAGGCGUCGUUCUUCACGGCCAAGGCGCUCAACGUCGCGAUUCCCGGUGGGCCCAAGUUUGAGCCGCUCUACCGCGACCUGGACCAAGACGACGAGGACUGGAACGAGUUCAACGACAUCAACAAGAUCAUCAUCCGGCACCAGAUCCGCACCGAGUACCGCGUCGCGUUCCCGUACUUGUACAACAGUCGCCCGCGCGCUGUGCACAUCCAGCCGUACCACGCGCCCGCGCUCUGCUACAUCAAGGCCGAGGACCCGGACUUGCCGGCGUUCUACUUUGACCCGAUCAUCAACCCGAUCUCGCAGUUCCGCAUCGGCAAGACGACGGCCAAGACGGCUUCGGACGAGGACGACGAGGACGAGGACGAGUUUCAGAUGCCGAUGGGCUUUGCGCCGAUUCUGUCGGAAGAGGAGCUCUACACGGAGAACACGGCGAGCGGUAUCGCGCUCUACUGGGCGCCGCGGCCGUUCAACUUGCGCAUGGGCAAGACGCGGCGCGCGCUGGACGUGCCGCUCGUCAACAAGUGGUUCCAGGAGCACUGCCCGGCGGGCCAGCCCGUCAAGGUCCGAGUGAGUUACCAGAAGCUGCUCAAGUGCUGGGUGCUCAACCACUUGCACGCGCGGCCGCCCAAGGCGCUCAACAAGAAGUACCUCUUCAAGUCGCUCAAGUCGACCAAGUUUUUCCAGUCGACGGAGCUCGACUGGGUCGAGGCCGGCCUCCAAGUGUGUCGCCAAGGCUACAACAUGCUCAACUUGCUCAUCCAUCGCAAGAACCUCAACUACUUGCAUCUUGACUACAACUUCAACCUCAAGCCGAUCAAGACGCUCACGACGAAGGAGCGCAAGAAGUCGCGCUUUGGCAACGCGUUCCACCUCACGCGGGAGAUUCUGCGCCUCAUGAAGCUCCUGGUCGACGCGCACGUGCAGUACCGCCUCGGCAACGUCGACGCGUUCCAGCUCGCCGAUGGUCUCCAGUACUCGUUUGCGCACGUCGGGCAGCUCACGGGCAUGUACCGCUACAAGUACCGCUUGAUGCGCCAAGUGCGUAUGUGCAAGGACCUCAAGCACUUGAUCUACUACCGGUUCAACACGGGCCCGGUCGGGAAAGGGCCGGGCUGCGGCUUUUGGGCGCCGGCGUGGCGCGUCUGGCUCUUCUUUCUGCGCGGUAUCGUGCCGCUCCUCGAGCGCUGGCUUGGGAACCUCCUCGCGCGUCAGUUUGAAGGCCGCCACUCGAAGGGCAUUGCCAAGACGGUCACCAAGCAGCGCGUCGAGUCGCACUUUGAUCUGGAGCUCCGCGCCGCCGUCAUGCACGACAUUCUGGACAUGAUGCCGGAGGGCGUGAAAGCCAACAAGUCGCGCACGAUCUUGCAGCACCUCUCGGAAGCGUGGCGCUGCUGGAAGGCCAACAUCCCGUGGAAGGUCCCGGGCUUGCCGGCGCCGAUCGAAAACAUGAUUCUGCGCUACGUCAAGAGCAAGGCGGAUUGGUGGACCAACGUCGCGCACUACAACCGCGAGCGCAUCAAGCGCGGUGCGACGGUCGACAAGACGGUGUGCAAGAAGAACCUCGGGCGCCUCACGCGCCUCUGGCUCAAGGCCGAGCAGGAGCGCCAGCACAACUACCUCAAGGACGGCCCGUACGUCUCGGCCGAGGAGGCUGUCGCCGUGUACACGACGACGGUGCACUGGCUCGAGUCGCGCAAGUUUGCGUCGAUUCCGUUCCCGCCGCUCUCGUACAAGCACGACACAAAGCUGCUCAUUUUGGCGCUCGAGCGGCUCAAGGAGAACUACUCGGCCAACAACCGGCUCAACCAGAACGCGCGCGAGGAGCUCGGGUUGAUCGAGCAAGCGUACGACAACCCGCACGAGGCGCUGAGCCGCAUCAAGCGCCACUUGCUCACGCAGCGCGCGUUCAAGGAGAUGGGCAUGGAGUUUAUGGACCUCUACUCGCACUUGCUACCGGUGUACGAGAUCGAGCCGCUCGAGAAGAUCACGGACGCGUACCUGGACCAGUAUCUGUGGUACGAAGCCGACAAGCGCCACUUGUUUCCGUCGUGGAUCAAGCCGGGCGACUCGGAGCCGCCGCCGCUGCUCGUGUACAAGUGGUGCCAGGGCAUCAACAACUUGGACAACAUUUGGCGCACGGACAAUGGCGAGUGCGUCGUCGUCAUGGAGUCCAAGCUCGAGAAGGUCUAUGAGAAGAUGGACCUGACGCUGCUCAACCGUCUCUUGCGCCUCGUGCUCGACCACAACAUUGCCGACUACAUCACCGCCAAGAACAACGUUGUCAUUGCGUACAAGGACAUGAUGCACACGAACUCGUACGGGCUCAUCCGCGGCCUCCAGUUUGCGUCGUUUGUGUUCCAGUACUAUGGUCUCGUCCUCGACCUGCUCAUGCUCGGCCUCACGCGCGCGUCCGAGAUUGCGGGCCCGCCGCAGUUCCCGAACGAGUACCUCGCGUUCAAGGACACGGCGACCGAGACGUCGCAUCCGAUCCGCAUGUACACGCGGUACAUUGACAAGAUCUACGUCGUCUACAAGUUUGACGCGGACGACUCGCGCGAUCUCAUCCAGCGCUAUUUGACCGAGCACCCGGACCCAAACAACGAGAACAUUGUCGGCUACAACAACAAAAAGUGCUGGCCGCGCGACGCGCGCAUGCGCCUCAUGAAGCACGACGUGAACCUCGGCCGCGCGACCUUUUGGGACAUGAAGAACCGCCUCCCGCGGUCGCUCACGACGCUCGAGUGGGACCACAGCUUUGUGUCGGUCUACUCGAAGGACAACCCGAACUUGCUCUUCAACAUGUGCGGCUUUGACGUGCGCAUUCUGCCGCGGUCGCGCGCAAUCGAAGACGAGUUUGCGCACAAGGACGGCGUGUGGAACCUCCAGAACGACGUGACAAAGGAGCGGACCGCGCAGGCGUACUUGCGCGUCGACGAGGCCGCGAUCAAGGCGUUCGAGAACCGCGUGCGGCAGAUCCUCAUGAGCUCGGGCUCGACGACGUUUACCAAGGUCGCCAACAAGUGGAACGCCGCGCUCAUUGGGCUCAUGACGUACUUCCGCGAAGCUGUCGUGCAGACGCAGGAGCUGCUCGACCUCCUCGUCAAGUGCGAGAACAAGAUGCAGACGCGCAUCAAGAUCGGCCUCAACUCGAAGAUGCCGUCGCGCUUCCCGCCCGUCGUGUUUUACACGCCGAAGGAGCUCGGCGGUCUCGGCAUGCUCUCGAUGGGCCACGUGCUCAUUCCGCAGAGCGACAUGCGCUACAUGAAGCAGACGGAAGGCGGUAUCACGCACUUUCGGUCGGGCAUGUCGCACGAAGAAGACCAGCUCAUCCCGAACCUCUUCCGGUACCUGCAGCCGUGGGAGUCGGAGUUUAUCGACUCGCAGCGUGUCUGGGCCGAGUACGCGCUCAAGCGGCAAGAGGCGACGGCGCAGAACCGCCGGCUGACGCUCGAGGACCUCGAGGACUCGUGGGACCGCGGUAUCCCGCGCAUCAACACGCUCUUCCAGAAGGACCGGCACACGCUCGCGUACGACAAGGGCUGGCGCGUGCGCACCGACUUCAAGAAGUACCAAGUGCUGCGGCAGAACCCGUUUUGGUGGACGCACACGCGCCACGACGGCAAGCUCUGGAACCUCAACAACUACCGCACGGACAUGAUCCAGGCGCUCGGCGGCGUCGAAGGUAUCCUCGAGCACACGCUCUUCAAGGGCACGUACUUUCCGACGUGGGAGGGCCUCUUCUGGGAGAAGGCCUCGGGCUUUGAAGAGUCGAUGAAGUACAAGAAGCUCACGAACGCGCAGCGGUCGGGUCUCAACCAGAUUCCCAACCGUCGGUUCACGCUGUGGUGGUCGCCGACGAUCAACCGCGCCAACGUGUACGUGGGUUUCCAGGUCCAGCUCGAUCUGACGGGUAUCUUCAUGCACGGCAAGAUCCCGACGCUCAAGAUCUCGCUCAUCCAGAUCUUCCGCGCCCAUUUGUGGCAAAAGAUCCACGAGUCGCUCGUCAUGGAUCUCUGCCAGGUCUUUGACCAAGAGCUCGACGCGCUCGCGAUCGAGAACGUCCAGAAGGAGACGAUCCACCCGCGCAAGUCGUACAAGAUGAACUCGUCGUGCGCCGACAUUCUGCUCUUUGCGUCGUACAAGUGGCAGAUGGGCAAGCCGACGCUCUUGCACGACGUCAAGGACUCGGCCGACGGCACGACGUCGACCAAGUACUGGAUCGACGUGCAGCUGCGCUGGGGCGACUUUGACUCGCACGACAUUGAGCGCUACGCGCGCGCCAAGUUCCUCGACUACACGUCGGACAACAUGACGAUCUACCCGUCGCCGACCGGUGUGCUCCUCGCGGUGGACCUCGCGUACAACCUCUACAGUGGCUACGGCAACUGGUUUACGGGCUGCAAGCCGCUCAUGCAGCAAGCGAUGGCCAAGAUCAUGAAGGCCAACCCGGCCAUGUACGUGCUGCGCGAGCGCAUCCGCAAGGGGCUCCAGCUCUACUCGAGCGAGCCGACCGAGCCGUAUCUGAGCAGCCAAAACUAUGGCGAGCUCUUCUCGAACCAGAUCAUUUGGUUUGUCGACGACACGAACGUGUACCGCGUCACGAUCCACAAGACGUUUGAAGGCAACUUGACGACCAAGCCCAUCAACGGCGCGAUCUUCAUCUUCAACCCGCGCACGGGCCAGCUCUUCCUCAAGAUCAUCCACACGUCGGUGUGGGCCGGCCAGAAGCGUCUCGGGCAGCUCGCCAAGUGGAAGACGGCCGAAGAAGUGGCCGCGCUCAUUCGGUCGCUGCCCGUCGAAGAGCAGCCCAAGCAGAUCAUUGUCACGCGCAAGGGCAUGCUCGACCCGCUCGAAGUGCACUUGCUCGACUUUCCCAACAUUGUCAUCAAGGGCUCGGAGCUGCAGCUGCCGUUCCAGGCGUGCCUCAAGGUCGAGAAGUUUGGCGACCUGAUUCUGCGCGCGAUCGAGCCACAAAUGGUCCUCUUCAACAUUUACGACGACUGGCUCAACACGAUCACGUCGUACACGGCGUUCUCGCGCCUGAUUUUGAUCCUCCGCGCGCUCCAUGUGAGCCAGGACCGCACCAAGAUCAUUUUGCGGCCGACCGCGACCACGAUCACGCAGGACCACCACAUUUGGCCGAGCCUCACGGACGAGGACUGGCUCAAGCUCGAAGUGCAGCUCAAGGACCUCAUCCUCAACGACUAUGGCAAGAAGAACAACGUGAACGUCGCGUCGCUCACGCAGAGCGAGAUCCGCGACAUCAUCCUCGGUAUGGAGAUCUCGGCGCCGUCGCAGCAGCGCCAAAUGGUCGCCGAGGUCGAGGCGCAGGCGCGCGAGCAGUCGCAGCUCACGGCGGUGACGACCAAGACGGUCAACGUGCACGGUGACGGCAUGGUGGUCACGACCACGUCGCAGUACGAGCAGCACUCGUUUGCGAGCAAGACGGACUGGCGCGUGCGUGCGAUCUCGGCCACCAACUUGCACUUGCGGACCAACCACAUUUACGUCAACUCGGACGACAUUCGCGAGUCGGGUUUUACGUACGUCUUGCCCAAGAACAUUCUCAACAAGUUCAUCACGGUCGCGGACCUCCGGACGCAGAUCGGCGGCCUCAUCUACGGUGUCUCGCCGCCCGACAACCCGCACGUGAAGGAGAUUCGGUGCAUUGUCGUGCCGCCGCAGCUCGGGACCCACCAGAGCGUCACGAUCCCGAUGGCUGCGCCGAGCCACGAGUACCUCGAGAACCUCGAGGCGCUCGGCUGGAUCCACACGCAGCCGAACGAGACGCCGGCGCUGGCGCCCCAAGACGUGUCGUUCCACGCCAAGUUUAUGGCCGAGAACGCGUCGUGGGACGGCGAGAAGACGAUUGCGAUCACGUGCAGCUUCACGCCGGGCUCGGCGUCGCUCACCGCGUACAAGCUGACGCCCGCGGGCUACGAGUGGGGCCGCGCAAACAAGGACACGGGGCCGAGCCCGCCGGGGUAUCUGCCGACGCACUACGAGAAGGUGCAGAUGCUGCUCUCGGACCGCUUUGUGGGCUUUUACAUGGUGCCGGACGAAGAAGUGUGGAACUACAACUUUAUGGGCGUCAAGCACACGCCGAGCAUGAAGUACGACGUCAAGGUCGGCAACCCGAAAGAGUUUUACCACGAAGUCCACCGCAAGACGCACUUUUACAACUUCAGCGCGAUGGAGUCGGUCGACGAAGCCGCCGGCGACGCCGAAGAAGAAGGCCAGCGCGACGUCUUUGGCUAGGUCUGCGUGGUUGCCUAUCGCUCUCUCUCAAAAUACAUGAAUUGCAUC